AUGUCCCGGCAUGAUGGCAUGAAAAGGUUUCGUGAACCCGUCGGAAUAAGAAGACCAUGGAGGAUCUGGUUCUUUGAUACGUCAAAGCAGGCCGUUGGGGCUCUUUUCAUGCAUUUUGCCAACGUUUUCUUGUCCACACUCACCAAUGAAGAUCCCUGUUCUCUAUAUCUGUUGAACUUCCUGUUGGAUGCCACAUUGGGAAUGCUGGUGAUCUGGGCGGGGGUGAAGGUUGUUUCCAAGAUAGUGGAACAUAAACAGCUAACACUGCUGAUGUUUGGAGAAUAUGGUGAUCCUCCUCGGAUAGCAGCCUGGUUGGCUCAGUGCUCAGUGUAUUUACUCAUUGUUGCUCUGGAGAAAAGUGUGGUCACUCUGGUGCUGCUCGUUCCUGGGUGGACCAAUCUGGAGGAGGUGGUGCUGGACUACAUCCCAAACCCACAGCUGGAGUUGGCUAUCGUCAUGCUGAUCGUGCCUUUCAUUGUAAACUCUAUAAUGUUCUGGGUGGUGGACAGUUUAACAAUGCGGAAAUAUAAGAAAAUUACGUCUCUGGAGGGCUCACGUGACUGUCCUAAGCAAGUAGAGGUGUUGCCAAAUGACAGCAAUGACGAAGCUGAGGUGCUGCUAAAGGAAGAUGAAGAUGAUGCUACAGUGUGUUCUGAACAGGAAGAGCACGUCUCAACAGAAGAGGUGUUAAUACGAGUCUGUAUGGAAGUUUAAAACAAACGUUUAGAAGUAUACUUGUCAGAAUUUCUUAAACACUAUAUAUUUGUUCCUAAACCUAGUGAGCUGCCUUGAUGUUUACUUCCUACAUAGGCAGAUACCUUCCAAUUUGAAAUGGAAACUCAUAAGUGACUUUGGAACACUAAUUAGACUUCAACUUAGCGCAACUCAGAACUUUUCACGUUAAGUACACACUGGAGAUGGGACUCAGUUGAUACCAAUAGAGUUUGGCGUUAGCAUGUUGCUAAGCUAUCAACACAGUACCAUAGACUGUAAAAAAAAAAAA